AUGAUAGUCAGGCCAUUCACCCGAUGUUGCACCAUAACUCCACGACGGAUAUCUAUUAGGCAACUUACGUCGAAAUUUUAUGAUAAUGACAAGUAUUGUGGCCUUAAAACUCCUUAUGGUUGGUUUGCCAUACCUAGAAAUCUUUAUGCUAGACAAUGGACUGAAUCCUCCAUACAAACUUUAAUCUCACAAACCUACGGUGACUCCGUUGAUUCCGUACCAUCCAAGGAUAUUCAGAAGAUUAUUGAUGACUGGGCAUCGUCGACAACACUCAAACAGAAACCUCCAGCUGAGAAAUAUGUGGAUGUUGAAGCAGCCAAAGUUGAGCACAAGAUCAAUGAGGAUAUAAAGGAACUUCGUAAUGAAAAGGUUAGAGCUCGAUAUUCAAAGAACAAAAUAACCGACAUGGCCCAGUUUAAGAAGGAUAAACAAAUUGUGUUCAAACAUAUCUUCGAAACAGGAGAAAUCCCACCAAAUUUCGAUCCUUUAAUGAUUAAUCUUUAUAAUGCCAGAAACCAUUUCUGCAAUAAAUUUCAUAACCAACCAGGGUUUUCCUUGAAACAAUGGGCCGAUGUAGAUACCACAGAAAGAGAAAAACUCCGCAUAGACUUUAUUGAUCUUUUAAAACAAGGACAGAUGUAUAAAAAGGGGAAAUUGGUACCAUUGAAAGGAAAUUUCCAUGCUCUGUCAAUGAAACUCAAGGCUAAAUCCAAGGCAGAGAAGGGAUCAAUGGAGACCAUGGAAUAA